AUUUAAGAUGCAAUCUCUGUGGUUCUCCUGGCUCUGGGUUCUCUUACUGAGCUACCAAGUGACGGCAAAUCCUGUUCCCAGGAACCCGAAGGUGGCCACCGAGUUUAUUAUCCUUCACAACAAUGAUAUGCAUGCUAGAUUCGAACAAACUAGUGUAAACAGUGGCAUUUGUUCCCCCGAGGAUGCACAUACAAAUAAAUGCUACGGAGGAUUCGCAAGAGUGGCCUAUGAGGUUCGUAAGUAUCGCAAGGAGGCUAAGGAGGGCGGUACAUCCGUACUAUAUCUGAAUGCUGGAGAUACCUACACGGGCACGGCCUGGUUUACCAUUUUCAAGGACAAAAUAGCAAGUGCCUUCCUCAACAAACUAGAGCCAGAUGCUAUAUCCUUAGGUAACCAUGAGUUCGAUGAGAGGGUCGAGGGUCUGAUACCCUUCCUUAAUGAGGUCAACUUCCCAGUAUUGGCCUGUAACUUGGAUCUGAGUAAAGUGCCCGAACUUAAGGCCACAAGGCACUUGGCCCACUCUACCAUCCUGGAGGCAAAUGGCACCAAGAUCGGUGUGAUUGGUUAUUUGACGCCCGACACCAAGAAACUUACACUUCAUAUGGAUGUGGACUUUAACGAGGAAGUAGAGUCUAUCAAUAUUGAAGCUAAAAAACUGAAAGCUCAGGGCAUUAAAAUCAUUAUAGCCUUGGGCCACUCCGGCUAUGCAAAAGAUCAGGAGAUAGCUGAAAAGUGUCCGGAUGUGGAUAUUGUAAUUGGUGGCCACACCAACACUUUUCUGUACUCCGGUCCCCAGCCAGAUGUGGAUCACAUUGAUGGUCCUUAUCCCACAGUAAUUAAGCAAAAGAGCGGGAAGGAGGUGCCAGUGGUACAAGCCUAUGCUUAUACCAAGUAUCUAGGAAAGAUUCAUGUUCAGUUUGAUGCCGAAGGUAACCUCAUUGAAUGGGAUGGUUCUCCUAUUCUGCUGAAUGCCUCAGUGGCUCAGGAGCAGGAUCUGCUUGAGUUGCUGGAGGUCUAUCGUCCCAAUGUCACUGCCUUGGAAAAGGACAUCAGAGGUUAUACCAGGGUUCACUUGGAGGGACGUAAACAGAUUUGCCGGGCUAGGGAGUGCAACUUGGGAAACCUGGUGACCGACGCUAUGGUAUUCAGCCGAAUGGUGGACGAUCAGGGCGGCGAUUUCUGGACUGAUGCCGCCAUUUCUUUGAUGCAGGGAGGAGGUAUUCGCAGCUCCAUUGAAAAACGAUCGGAUGGAUCUAUAACCGACAAUGAUAUUCUUUCUGUUCUGCCCUGGGCAAAUAAGCUCUACAUGACUCCCAUGACGGGCAAAUCGAUUCGACAGGCUCUUGAGCAUGGAGCCAGUUUGAUGGGCAAGGAUUCGGAUGGUGGUUUCCUCCAAGUCUCCGGGAUACAUGUGGUUAUAGAUGCUAGAAAGCCCGAGGGCCAGCGGGUGGUCUCCGUCCAGGUGCGAUGUGCCGCCUGUAGUAUUCCGUCCUACAGCGAUCUUAACGAUACUGCCAGCUAUAAUGUAAUUGUUGGCGAGUUUCUGUUGGACGGCGGUGAUGGUCACAAAAUCAAGGAUGGAGUUCAUAAGCCGGUGCGCCUGACAAGAAACGACAAGGAAGCUGUUACAUUUUAUUUACAGGAGCAGAAGUAUGUUUAUCCAGAGAUCGAGGGUCGCAUCAUCGUGUUGAGUUCGCCUUCGAGUGGGCAAGGAAUCUUUGGAUCGUUUUUCCUUCUAUGCAUUUCGUCCUUAUUGAUGCGAUUGCUUAGCUAAGAUUGCCAAAUCCAACUUAAGUUAGAUGCUAAUUAUUUGCCUUAAACCAGAUCAGCAUUCAAAGAAGUAAUUUUCCACCAAAAAUAUGUUCUAUAGAACAACAAAAUAUCGAUAAAGAAAUAUAGAAAAUAAUAAAAUUGUUAA